AUGGGACUGGCCCCUGAGUACAUCAAAGACUGCUUAGUCCCAUACGAGCCAAGGUGUAGCCUGAGAUCCUCCGGCGGGUCCCUAUUAGAGAUUCCUAGAUCUCGACUAAAAACUAAGGGCGACCGGGCCUUUGCUAUCAGGGCCCCGUCGCUCUGGAAUGACCUGCCGGAGGAGAUCAGACGUCGGUCACUGCAAUCAAGUCCAGCUGAGUACAAUCACCUCUGGAGUCUCUCACGGCAACAGCAGAUCUUACAGAUCUUAUCUCAGGUGAAGCUCCAUCUGAUGAGUCGCCAUGGCAACGGACACGUCCCACCACACCUGAGACGAAACCUGUCCGACAGGAGUGAGAACUUACUGAUAAAACAAGGAAUUAUCAGAAAUGUUUUUGUCCAGAAUGAACCGUCCAACUGUAGCAGAGAGGUGAAGAACAUGAACAGAAUCAUCAGUUUUAUGCUUUAUGGUCUGUUUUUGUGCUCCUCGGUUUUCUCUAAUGAUGAUACAGAGGUCUCCUGUCAGAUCAACAAAACUUGCAUCUUACCCUGCAGUUUCACAGUUCAUAAUGACGUUGUCAUCCACUGGAUUAAACAGACUCCACCAGAGUCCCGGGUUCACUCCUACUAUCGCAAACAAGACCAACUGGGAGAGCAGGCCCAGAGGUUCAGAGGAAGAACAUCACUGUUUGAGGACCAGAUCUCCAGAGGAAACGCUUCACUGCUGCUGAGAGGAGUGAAGAUUCAGGACCAGGGCAGAUAUCUGUGUGACAUCAGCACCAUCACUGGAAAUAAGGAGAACUUCAUCAACCUGAAUGUGAACGCUCCAGUCCAGAACAUCAACAUUGAGCAGGUACAAAAUGAAAUCACCUGCAGCUCAGAGGGGAUCUAUCCUGAACCUGGACUCACCUGGACCACCAAUCCUCCAUCCAGCAUGAACCUGCAGAACCCACCAACAGUCCAGCAGUAUGAACAGCAGCUUUACAACAUCAGCAGCUCUCUGAUACUUUCAGACAGAGACACUGACCUGGACUACAUCUGCACCGUCAGCACUCCAGCAAACAGCAGGAGAUCCACUUUGCUUCAACCAGCUGUUAUAAAUGGAUCCAAAACUGAAACAUUCAUCUCCUGCUCAACUGCCAAUUAUCCAAUAAGGUAUCUCAUCUGGACAUUUAACCACAAAGAGAUCAUCCUGACACAGAGGGGACAUGAAGGACGUUACACAACUUCAGAGAGGUGGAAGCAGCACGUGAUGACUGUAUCAGAGACAGGAGGUCUCACUCUGAAGCAUUUAUCUUCAGACCAGACAGGAACAUACAAAUGUGAACUCGGUUAUGAAGCGGAAACAUACGUGAAAUACACCUUUCUUCACAUACCAAGAGACAGGACUGGAGUUAUUGUAGCAGUGGGUGUUGUGCUGCCGCUGGUCUUGGUUUGUGGAUUUGUUGGUUACAAAUACAGGAAAAAGCAGGAAAGAAAGGAGGAGGAGGAAAAAAGAGAUGAAGAGGAGGUUCUGGUUCAGUUGGGCGUGGAGGAGCACGACUCAACAGAAGGGGUUCGACAGAGACUGAUCUCAGCUAUGAAGUACCGCAGAGAAGUUCAGUUUGUUGGUUGUAAACUCUCAAAGACUACCUAUAAAGUUAUUGCAUCCGCUUUGAAGUCCAACCCCUCCCAUCUGACAGAACUGCACCUGAGUCAGAGCAACCUGGAGGAUUCAGGAGUGAAGCUUCUGUCUGAUGGACUGGAGAGUCCAAACUGUAGACUGGAGACUCUGAGAUUGAAGAGCUGCAGUUUGUCAGCGAUCAGCUGUUCUUCUCUGGUCUCAGCUCUGAAGUCCAACCCCUCCCAUCUGAAACAUCUGGACCUGAGUAACAACAACCUGCAGGAUUCAGAUGUGAAGCAACUGUGUGGAUUUCUGGAAAGUCCAGACUGUAAACUGGAGACUCUGAGAUUGGAGGACUGUAGUUUGUCAGAGAUCAGCUGUUCUUCUCUGGUCUCAGUUCUGAAGUCGAACCUCUCCCAUCUGAAACUUCUGGACCUGAGUAACAACAACCUGCAGGAUCCAGGAGUGAAACAUCUGUGUGGAUAUCUGGAGAGUCCAGACUGCAGACUGGAGACUCUGAGAUUGGAGAACUGCAGUUUGUCAGAGAUCAGAUGUUCUUCUCUGGUCUCAGCUCUGAAGUGCAACCCCUCUCAUCUGAAAAUUCUGGACCUGAGCUGGAACAUCAGGCUGCAGGAUUCAGGCGGGAAACAUCUGUCUGGAUUUCUGGAGAGUGCAGACUGCAGACUGGAGACUCUGAGAUUGGAGAACUGCAGUUUGUCAGAGAUCAGCUGUUCUUCUCUGGUCUCAGCUCUGAAGUCCAAUCCCUCCCAUCUGAAAAUUCUGGACCUGAGCUGGAACAUCAGGCUGCAGGAUCCAGGAGUGAAACAUCUGUGUGGAUAUCUCGAGAGUCCAGACUGCAGACUGGAGACUCUGAGUUUGGUGGACUGCAGUUUGUCAGAGAUCAGCUGUUCUUCUCUGGUCUCAGCUCUGAAGUCCAACCCUUCCCAUCUGAAACUUCUGGACCUGAGUAAGAACAACCUGCAGGAUUCAGGGGUGAAACAUCUGUGUGGAUUUCUGGAGAGUCCAGAAUGCAGACUGGAGACUCUGAGUUUGGUGGACUGCAGUUUGUCAGAGAUCAGCUGUUCUUCUCUGGUCUCAGCUCUGAAGUCCAACCCUUCCCAUCUGAAACAUCUGGACCUCAGCAGGAACUACAAGCUGCAGGAAUCAGGUGUGGAGCAGUUUUCUGAUCUGGUGAAUAGUCCAGGCUACAAGCUGCAGACUCUCAGCUGGAGAUGAUGAGAGUGACCGGGACGGAUGAGUCGUGUCCUGAUGGUCCACGGAGGUCGAAGCACCACCAGUUUGUUUGGACAGACUCUUACUGGACCGUGAUGAUGAUGGAGAUGAAGAUGUACAUAGUUUCAGCUCAGUUUGUCUGAUUUCCAGCCUUUUACAAACUUCAAAAAGUCAAAAGGCCUUUUAUUAUCAUACCUCGUUAAAAAUCAGUAAAACAAAAUUAAAGUGCUGCUCCUUAAAAACCAAGUUAUAUUCAUGUCCCAACCACAUCCGUGCACUCCCCAUCCCACCAAUAAAUACCUAAACAGGAGAUAAAAACAUGCUGAGACAAUCAUUUAUUAACAAUCAACAGAAACAGAAUACAAACAUACUAUUCACAGGUUUUUGCACAUCAGCUGAUUAUUAAAGUUGGUAGAUUUAAAAGAAAACAAAGUAAAUGCACAAAUUAGAUAUUUCAUGAACCUCCACACACCAAGGAAGAGGAUGAAGAAUUCCUGUGAUUCCACUUUAUUUACAUUUUUCCAUUUCAUCCCGAGUUUACCUGUUGUCAUCGUGUUUCCAGCUUCGUCUGGUUUAUAAUGUUUCUCUCUGAGUCACUGAUUAAGAGAGAAAGUGAAAAGAUCAGUGAAAAUAGCUGUGUUUGUACAUGAAACGUGAAACACAAAUGAACUUGACUUGGUCAAUUAAUGUUACUCGGUUUGUUCCAGAAAUAUUCUCAAUGUUUUCUUUUCAUUGUAUUCAGUUGUGGCUUAUUGAAACACUCUCAUCUCUGUUUGUGGAUGUUAAAAUGAUCGUUGAGACUUCUAGUAAAAAUUAUUUAAUAAAAGUUGGAUCUUUUCUACUG